UGAUUAACAAUGAACUCUGUGAACUUGUAAAUUAUUUUUAAAAAUUGUUUUGAACCAACUUUUGAUAGUGAGCUAUUUAUCCCUUAAGUGCAUAUGGUAUCAAAUAUGAUACCGUGUCUUUUUCCCGCACAAACAUUCAUAUUUUUUUGUCCUCAUGGUCUAUUGCACGAAGAUUGAUACCUUUGCUCCCACACUAUUAAAAAAAAAACUUGCAGCCAUAGGGCAGCCAUUUUUAAACUAAACGUCAAAAGUGUCAAAUGUGCGGUAACUUUUUGCGACAGUGAAAUUUGAAAGUUUUAAUUAUUGUUUAUCCAGUGAAUCUGGUGAUAUUUUGAACAGGAAAAAUUUUUACAAGUAAGGUUGGUAUCUAUAUUUAUCAUACAUUGUAUGGGUUUUUGUUAGAUUUGUAUUAUUUGUUAUAUUUUUUUUGAUUUUGCUUUGGUAUCAAAAACGAUACUCCAUGUGAUAACGUCUUUUUUUGUGGUAUCAAAAACGAUACUCCAUGCAGUCUGCUCUAUUUUUCUACUCGCACGGUUUUUUUUACUUUUUUUGUGUUUGUUUGCAUUUUGCUGUGAUUUGGCAUGUGGCAUGGAUGAUUAAUUGAGCUUUUAUUUUUUCUACAGCAUGGUUCGUCAUAGAGCAUUAAAAGAUAAGGACAUAGAAGAUUUGCUGGCACAGUUAGAAGGUGGAGAAAUAUCGGAAGACGACGCCGAGUCUGACGGUGAUGAUCUUGAGUUUUAUCCAACACUAGAAGAACUGCAAGCAGCUCUUGAGGAAGAUGAGGCAGAAGAAGAACCUGCAAGUACGACGGAAGAAGAAAAUUUAAUACAGGAACCCGAUUUCGCUGCAGUUUUUCCUGAUCCUCCGUUGUUAAAUGAGGACAUGCCGUCAACAGGUAUGCAAGAUCCGUUCAUACCUAUAAAUGCACAAAACCUUCGCUGGCGAAAAGCUACCUUCCCAUUUUGUGAAAACCAAAUUAAAUUCAAGGGUGUCACUGCUUACCCCCCAGAGAUAAUGAAUCUACAAACACCAUAUCAGUUUUUUUCAUACUUUUUCACUCCAGAUAUGAUGGACAAAAUCGUUAAUGAGACAAAUUUGUAUUCCGUACAAAAAAAAAACCAGAACGCCCGACUACUGUUAAUGACGGACGUAAGGAAGUAUUUCGGAAUACUGAUAUUUAUGUCUGUAUUUCAUUAUCCUAGUGUCCGGUCUUACUGGGAUACUAAAUAUGGCUUUGAACCGAUUAAGCAAACAAUGCCCGUAAAUAGAUUUGAAAAAAUCAGAGAAAUCAUUCAUUUCAAUAAUAAUCAGCAACAUAAACCAAUGACACAUCCUGAGCAUGACAGAUUGCACAAAUUACGACCAGUAAUUGACCAUCUAAAUGAGAAGUUUUCUAGCGUUCCUAUGGAGCAACGCCUGUCAAUUGAUGAGCAGAUGUGUGCGACCAAAAUCGGUCACUUUAUGAAGCAAUAUUUGCCCAAUAAGCCUCACAAAUGGGGCUUUAAGCUUUUUGUGCUGUGCUCGUUAUCAGGUUAUGCUUACCGAUUUAUUAUAUAUUCAGGCAAAGACCUAGAGCCUUUACAGCCUGGUGAAGCAGACGUGGGUGUAGUGGGGAAUACAGUAAUUAAGCUUUCAAGAGGUAUUCCUUGGAAGGUGAAUCACAUAGUCUACUUCGACAACUACUACACCUCAUUACCCCUAAUGUACUAUAUGGCCAAAGAAGGAAUUUUAUGUUUGGGAACUGUGCAAAGAAACCGACUUGGAAAAAAUUGUAAGUUGCCAACAAAACCCCAAGUUAUGGCCAGAUCUGUGCCAAGAGGUUCUUUUGAUGAGUACAUAACUACUCAUGAUGAAAUUGACAUGACUGCAGUGAGCUGGAAAGAUAACAAACAAGUUAUUCUUUUGUCCACUUAUGUGGGUGCAACACCUGUUGGAACUAUUGAGCGUUAUGACAAAAAUGAGAAGACGAAAAAACCGAUUACGGCCCAAAAGUUGUUAGUGAAUAUAACGCUCACAUGGGCGGUGUCGAUUUGAUGGACUCAUUCUUAGGUAGAUACCGAAUUCGCAUGAAGACACGGAAAUGGUACCUUCGAAUUUUUUACCACCUGCUAGAUGUCACUGUAAUUAAUUCAUGGGUGUUGUAUCAAGAAGUGUGCAAAAGGAAUCAGAUUGACAAAAAGGAUGUUCUGAAAUUAGCA